AUGGCUCCUUCUCCUCUGGUAUUUUUCAUGCCAUCCGACGGAAGCAGGCACGAGCCCAGAACCAUUGCCGGCACACAUCACAGCGGCAGGCACGACUCAUACAACGUCUCGAAUCUUCCACACAGUUGGCAAGGGCAACAGGAACAAAAAUUUGUCACCGCCGUCAGAGCCAGCCCCGACUGGGUGCCCAGUGCUCUUGCCCACCAGGCUGUGGUACGCCACGACCUCACCUCUCCAUCACGAACCGUCAGCUCCUUCCCUGCUGACCGGCCUCCCCGGGCUCACCGGUCUCCUUCCGAGUGGGGCGCUAGUAGUGCACCUGUCUCUGGCCUGGUGCCCGCCUCGAACUCCGCUUACACGGCAGGAUCGACCCAGGCGAUCCCGGCAACCACUGCGCUGGGUCCGACCGACCCUUGCGCACCCGGACGACAGCCGCAGCCCAACCAUAGCCGCCCCCAAGAACUAUGGCCGCUCAAGGACGAGGACCAGGGACGAGCAGUCGCCCAUGCCCAUGCACACAACCACCAUCUCGGCCACAACCACAAUCACGACCAUGACCGUGUUGGCGGUGUCGCCAACCGACCCCUGGCCUCGGAUCCAAGCCGCCCGGCCUCUCACUACCACUACCAUGGCCUGCCUGCCAGCCCUGUCGUAUGCCCUGACUGGUCCAUGGACGUCGAGGACCCGGCAUUUUGGGCCUCGUCUGUCGAGUCGGCUGCUCCCCACGCCCUCCAACACGUUCGGCCUUUGACUCGACACGGCCAGCGGUUUGCUUCCGGCUCUAGCUCCAUCAUCGGCGAUUCGUCCACAUCCACAGCCCUGGGACUGGUGACGACACGGUGCCAGCCCGCUUAUCCACGUCCAUCCCCUGCCGUGCCCCCUACGGCGUUGGCGACCAGCGGUGAGCAGCCGUGGUUUCUCUCGCCGUUCCUACAAGACCAGACUGAUCUGCUGGGCCUUGACCAGCAAAUCUUCCGUUCCCCGAUCACGGACAGCCUGUCUCUCGACGAGAGUCACGGCCACCCUCAGCACCAGCUCACCCAUCCCACUCCUAGCAACACCAUGACCCUGAUCUCACUUGACGGCACACGCGUGAGAGAUGGCGUCUCCAUCCGGCGGAGCGAGCAACAAGCAGCUGCGUUAGACUGGAGCGGCUCGUCCCUGGCGUCCGUCGAACAUGUCGGCAACGUACCGGUGCAUGGGCCCACCUUUGGACCUGCUAACCCACCAACGACCAACGACAACUGGGUGGAUGAGUUUCCAUACAUGGUCAAGCCAGAAGAGGCUCCUCUCGAGUAUAGAGAUAUGCAUUUUCGGAUCGCUUUGGCGCCAGCAAACGAUGAUGACAAUGAUCACGACGCUGCCGAAGACCCGGAUGCCAACCACGCAGACAAGAAGCCUAGAGGUUGUUUCGACGAUGAGAAGCGAAAACAGACGGCGGACACUCGAAGACGAAAGGCAUGUGUUCGAUGCCGAACCCAGCGGAUACGAGUAAGAACCUUUCAGGCCCAAGGCGCCAAUUGCAGCACACGAUACAAGACUGACCAACCGUGA